UCUUGUGCGUUCUGCAGAGUGGCAGCAUUAUUUUUGGUCUGGGGACCACUCUCUUGUCCACUGGCCUUCACCCCUGCUUGCCUUCCCUCGUCCUGGAUUUGCUUGACUUAACAUUUUGAACACCUCAUAUUUAUCCAUUGUUGGAUUCCUGGAGACUUCGUUGUGAACUGGUCCAGACUAAGUGUGUGACAUUGCGGAGCGGCCCCCAAGAUGUCAGGAUCAGUCCAAGUGUCACAGAAGGAGCAGCAGCUCCAGCAUCGCAAGGAGCAGCAUCAGAAGGAGCUUCAUCACCAUCGACGACAUCAGCAACAGCAGCAGCAUCACUAUGAGAGCAGCAGUCACUUGAGCACCAAGUCCUCCGUUAGCAAACAGUCCUUCUCCACUUCCAAGACCACCACCCGUCGCGUGAAAACCACCGUGAAGAGUGAGAAGAAGGAGCUGGAGCAGGUGGUGAAGUCGUUGAGUCCACUACCCAAGCGAGCCAGGCGCACCUACCUGGCCACUGACUUGGACAAGGACGUCAUCGGCUAUGUGAUUCCGAUCUUCAGAGCCAACCAUGAAGAGGUGCGCGGGUUGAUGGAGGCCCGCGAGGACGAUGUGACCGAGGAGGGUAUCAACUAUGUGGCCAUGAGGAGCCUGUUUGUCCGGGAGGCCAGGGAGGCGAUGGAGGUCAGGGUGGAGAAAAAGUCCAGGACUACGGAAAUCCGAGAGUCCGCCGAGCGCGUGCAACUGAGUAGGACUUUGGAUGAGUGGACAGAGUUCCGCAAGAAAAUGAACCCAGAUUGCCUGAUGCAUCCCCCGGAGAUGACCACCAAGCCUCGUGGACUGACCGUGUGGGAAGGCGAGACCAUCCGGCUGCACUGCACCGUGGCGGGGUGGCCCAGACCAAGGAUUGCCUGGUACAAAAACAACGUGCUGAUCGACGCCAAGGCACACUCCGAGAAAUACACCGUGGAGAGCACUUACAACAUGCAUUACCUGGAGAUCAAGAACUGCGACUUCCUCGACACAGCCGCGUAUCGGGUGUCCGCACUCAACGUGAAAGGAGAAAUGUCCUGCGUGGCCACGGUGGUUGUAAAACGUUUCCAUGAUGAGGAAAGAGAAACGAUAGUGACCCAAUCUCGCGGCUUCAGCUCUGAGCACGGCGUCACGUUCGAGACGACCAUCCUGGACAAAUUCAACGUGGCGUUCGGUCGCGAGGGCGAGACAGUGAGCAUUGGUUGCACCAUCAUCAUUUAUCCCACCGUCAAGAACUACAAGCCCGACGUGGUGUGGUACCGAAACGGUGUGCCCCUGAAGGCAUCUCCAUGGGUGCAUACACAAUGGGCCGGGCAGCGCGCCACCCUGACACUGACUCACCUCAACAAGGAAGACGAGGGCAUGUACACCAUGCGUGUCGUCACCACGGCGGGCUAUGACACCUACUCGGCCUACGUGUUUGUCAAUGAUGCUGACGUGGAGGUGGAGGGGGUCCCCGUAGCCCCCCUGGAUGUGCGCUGCCAUGAUGUCAACAAAGACUACGUGGUGGUGACCUGGAAGCAGCCCGCCGUGGAAGGCAGCAGCCCCAUCCUGGGCUACUACGUCGACAGGUGUGAGGUUGGAACCCAUCACUGGGCGCAGUGCAACGACACACCCGUCAGGUACGCCCGCUUCCCCGUCACGGGCCUGGUGGAGGGCCGCUCGUACGUCUUCAGGGUGACGGCCCUCAACAAGGCGGGGGUGAGCCGCGCCUCACGUAUCUCCGAGACGGUGGUCGCCAUGGAUCCCUUUGACCGGGCCCGCCUCCUUGGACCUUCCGCCCCUUGGACUGGCAUGAUCAAGUUCACGGAGGAGGACCACACCGCUGGAGUGGUACCUGGAGAACCCACUGAAGUUGAGGUUACAGAGGCAACCAAGAGCUACGUGGUGCUCGCCUGGAAGCCCCCCGUCCAAAGGGGUCAUGAAGGAGUGAUGUAUUACAUUGAGAAGUGCGUUUCAGGCUCGGACACUUGGCAGAGAGUCAACACCAGCAUGCCCGUCAAGUCUCCUCGCUUCGCCCUGUUUGAUCUGUGCGAAGGGAAAUCCUACAGAUUCCGCGUGCGCUGCUGCAACUCGGCGGGUGUGGGCGAAGCAUCCGAAGCCACCGGCGACAUCACCGUGGGAGACGUUCUCGACCUGCCUUCUUCUCCGGGCAUGCCCGUGGCGACCAGGAACACAAGCACCUCCAUGGUGGUCUCCUGGGCGGCCUCCAAGGAUGUCAAGAACCUGGUGGGCUACUACAUCGAAUACAGCGUGGUGGGCACCGACGUCUGGAUCCCGUGCAACAACAAGCCUGUCAAGCAAACCAGGUUCGUGUGUCACGGCCUCACCAGUGAGACCACAUGCGUGUUCCGAGUGAAGGCGGUCAACGCCGCCGGCUACAGCUUGAGUUCAACGGCUUCGCUGCCAGAGCUGGUGCGGGCGGCCAUUUCCGUCCCCGCCGCGCCGACGGAUGUGCACCUACUGGAAGCUCACAGGGACACCAUGGUGGUGGGCUGGAGCGAGCCCACCAACAAUGGAGGAGCUGACAUCCGAGGAUACUUUGUGGACUACAGGACCGUGAAGGGACGCGUGGUUAGCAAGUGGAAUGAGCUCAACCUCCAAGCCUUGACCACUACCUCCUAUAAGGUGGAGAACCUGAAGGAGAAUGUGGUUUACGAGUUCCAGGUACGCGCCAUGAACAUGGCGGGAGUCAGCGAUGGCUCGGUGCCCAGUGUGGCUCUGAAGUGCAAUGAGUGGACUCUUACGGUGCCAGGUGGUCCCGUUGGUCUUCACGUUCUGGAGAUCCGGGACUCCUCCAUGGUGAUCCUGUGGGAGCCGCCUUUGUUCGACGGCCGCUCUCCCGUCAACGGCUACUAUUUGGACUUCAAGGAGGUGUCAGCCGGGGACGAAGGCUGGACGGCUGCCCACGAGGAGACCAACAAGUCCACGUUCAUGAAAGUGAGCGGGCUACAAGCUGCUACAUCCUAUGUCUUCCGCGUGCGCGCUCAAAACCUCGCAGGUGUGGGGAAUCCCUCGGAGGUCUUGGGUCCCAUCCUGGCCGAGAGUCGACCUGGCACCAAGGAGAUCUACGUGGACGUGGACGACGACGGCGUGAUCUCUAUGGUCUUCGAGUGCCCCGAGAUGAGUGAAGGCUGCGAGUUUGUUUGGUCUAAGAACUACCAGGCUAUCACAGACACCUCCAGACUGACCAUCGUCAAGGAGAAGGGCAGGUCCCGAGCUAUCUUCAACAACCCGUCCCUGGAGGAUCUGGGCAUUUUCUCCUGCGUAGUCACCAACAUGGAAGGCGUCUCAUCCAGCUACCAGCUCACGGAGGAAGAUCUGAUGCGUCUGUUGGACAUUAGCCACGACCACAAGUUCCCUGUUAUUCCUUUUGUGAACGAAAUGGCCAUGGAGUUGCAAGAGAAGGGCCGCGUGCGCUUCUGGACUCAGGUGGAGAAGUUCAGCAAGGACUGUCAAGUAGAAUAUGUUUUCAACGACACCAUCCUUCAACAAGGAGAUAAAUACAACAUGAAGUUUGACAAGACCACCGGCAUCAUCGAAAUGUUCAUGGAUUCCCUGGAAGUCACAGACGAGGGAACGUUCACUUUCAAUUUGGUGGACGGCAAAGCGAAGGGUGCCACCAGCCUGGUGCUCAUAGGAGAAGAGUUCACGGCGCUGCAGAAGAAGUCCCAGUUUGAAAGAGCAGAAUGGCUCAGGAAACAAGGUCCUCACUUUGUUAAGUACCUGGACUUCACCAUCACGUCGCAGUGUGACGUCCUGCUGCAAUGCACGGUAGGAAACAUGAAGGCGGACACGCAAAUCAUCUGGUACAAGGAUAGCCUCUCGAUCGGCGAGCGUGACGAAGCCGCCAAGAAGCUGGAGAAGGAGGGCAACGUGCUGACCUUUAAUAUCGGAAAGAUUUCCAAGAAUGACGUCGGCAUCUACGAAGUGUACCUGAGGGAUGACAGAGGCCAGGAUAAGAGCAGGUUCGAUAUGACGAAUGCGGGCUACCAGGCUGUAAUGAAUGAGUUGUUCAGAGUGAUUGCCAACUCUUCCACUCAAAUUCAAGUCACCAGCACGGAGCACGGCAUCAUCCUGUCCUCCGACGUCACGUACUAUCACGAGGAACAGUCCAUCAACUGGCUGCACAAGGACGCCAAGAUCACCGCUUCAGAACGUGUGAAGGCAGGAGUGACUGGCGAGCAGUUGUGGCUGAAGAUCAACGAGCCCACAGAGAAGGACAAGGGCAGAUACGCCGUCAACCUGUUUGAUGGCAAGGAUGGUGUCAAGCGCGUGUUUGAACUGUCUGGGCAAGCAUGGGAAGAAGCAUUUGAGGAAUUCCAAAAGCUCAAGGCGGCAGCCAUCGCAGAGAGAAAUCGCGCUCGUGUUAUUGGAGGACUGCCAGAUGUGGUUGCUAUCCAAGAGGGCAAGUCCCUUAACCUGACCGGCAACGUGUGGGGCGAGCCCACACCCGAGGUGAGCUGGACCAAGAACGAGCGGGAGCUGGCGGCCGACAAACGCUACGUGCUCAAGUUUGAGCACGGCAAGUACGCCAGCAUUGCCAUCGACACAGUCACCCGUGCCGACUCGGGCAAGUACGCGCUAGUGGUGCGCAACAAGUACGGUACGGAGGCCGGUCAGUUUACGGUCAGCGUGUACAACCCGGAGGAUGAUGAAACCGUGGAGGGAGAGAAGAAGUAGGACUGAGGGUGGGAAGAGUGAAUUCACGAGUGAUGGACGGCAGUGCAAAGGCAAGCAAAGUUUUCUUAGCAUGUCGGUAUUUUAAGUCACUUUUUCGAACAAGUUGGUUCUGUGAAGAAAGGAAACAAUAAAAGAACUGAUAUCUUCAU